AUGAGUACAACAAAUGAUCACGCUGGUAGUAACACUCAGCCUGAAAGCCUCAGAGGUAAAUCAAAUAGAUUAUUUAAGUAUCAACAGUCCCACAAGACUGAACUUCCAGCACCACCAACGCCGAUUCAACGUCGAAUUAAAAGGAUAAAUGCGUCAAAGGUUGACAGGAAAAACAAAGCAGCAAACAACUUUGAUAAGAAUCGCAAUCUCAAUCGAAAAUUAAUUACAUAUGGCUUCACACCAACUACCUCAAAACAAAUCCAUAUCGUAGAUGAUCAGGAAACCCAUAAUGCAGACCCAGUCAGUUCUAUUAUUCAAGACCAAACAGAGAAACUUAAUGUCGAAAUUUCCGAGAGCUUGCUGAACAUCCCUAAAAUGAAAGAAAAGUUUAAUAAUGAGAUUAAGGAUGUGCUUACCUUAGCCAACAAAAAUGGUGAUGUCAAUGAAGCAAUAAGUAAGUUAUGCUCGUUAAUUCAAUUAAAUAAUGAUAACAUCUGCUCUCUACAUGAAACGACUCAACAAAAUCUAUUGAAACUAGUAGCGCUACAAAAAGACCUCGAAUUAAGCAACAUAAGAAGAGAUACUUUGAUCAUGUCUAAUUCAGACAGGAUCCAAAGUGUGGAAACAAAAAUGACAUGUUCCAAGGAUUUACACAAAAUAUGGAUUACCUUCACAUGUGAUAAGGAGCUAGAGCAGUUGAAAACAAGUGGUGAUCUUAUCAACGAGACUAAAUUAAUCUUUAGACGAAUGGACAUUGAUAUUGAUCGUCUUGGAAUUCUCCCCAUACGAGCAGUAAACUUUCAACAUAUAAAAACUGAUAAAUCUGUAAUUCCUUCGCUUUGUGUCACGUUCAACAAUGAAAAAAUUGCAUCUAUUGUCCGUAGAAAGAUGAUGACAUUUAACUCUUCCCUUGAUGAAGAAAAUCGACUAGAUGAACUGAGAUACAGUGAAAGAGUGUACUGGUCUCGAGAUGUUUGGAAGAUUCUGAAGAUAUGCUGGGAAUUAAAAAGAUUAAAAUUAGUGGAUUAUGUAAACGUACAUGCCGAAGGUAUUCGUGUCCAAUAUAAAGUCCAAGCAGCAUCAGGCUCAGAAUUUACAUCAAGUAGUAUAAACAUCACAUGCUUCAAAGACAUUGAUAAAUUAAGAAAGAUUGUCGGUGAUAUUUAUCCAGAAAUAAGCUCAACCACUUUGUACGACAAUAACUACUUUAUAAUGAGUUUUGCGGAUAGAGACGCGCGUAGAUCCGAUGAUUUUCAAGAUGAAACCGAAACUGAUGACAAAAUGGAUUGCUGA